GACAGUCUGAACUCACCAAUGGACUGCCAAGCUGGAGCCCAUACCUCAAGAACAUUCUGGAUUUGGACCAAUCCACAGCUACGAGCGUUUUCUUCACUCAAUGCACAUUUCCAAACAGCUGUUGUAAAUAGACGAAUUACAUACUGCUAGCUAGUCUUUGAUACCGACGACAAUCAUAUAUUCUUUUCAAAAUUGUACUACUUCUGAUAUCUAUUACAGGCGUUUGCCUUCUAAAAACUGACUAAACUAAAGUUACCGGCUCUUUGGAACGUCAAAACGUUAUGCAUUUAGCUAGCUAAAACAUAGUAAAUUGGUACUAACGAGUUAACGUUAGCAGGCUACUAGUAGCAAGGUAACGUUACGACUUGGACCAAGGAGAAUUGAGCAGUCAACUAACAGUCUGUCUCCCUAACUUAUUGUUAUCAAUCUGGACAGCUGACCAGGCAGCUAACUAGUUUACGCCCGCUGCUUUGCUGGAGAUAUUGGCACACGCUAAGAUAGCCGGUCAGACGCGCCCACAUAACAUUAACUUUACUAGCUAGGUAGCUAACUAACGUUGAUGCUCCUAUCUCCCAUCUGUCCGCUGGUCAGACCGGGGAGACUGCCCUGCCACGGAGCUUCGUUGUGGCCGAUGCCACCGGCCCCGUUUGACGAGGGAAGCGAAGCACCAGUUCCUGGAAAGUUGAAGAGUAAACCACAACGCUAGUUAAGGUUAGCUAUCCUCCGGACCGUGGCUGUGUGCGCAGUGACAGCUCUGUAUUUGAUUGUAGUUAGCUAGACAGCUAACCGUUUGCCAGGGCUGUUGGACCAGUGUAAUAGAGCGAUGGGGGAGUUAAAUAAAGAGGUUGUGGAUCUAGUUUGGGAAAGACCAGGCAGCAACGGGGUGUCCGCUUCACUCUUCCGGAGAUGGACCCAGGGGAUGGUCUUCAGUGAGACAGAACACACAGCACUGGAGCAGUUUGAAGGAGGACCCUGCGCUGUCAUUGCUCCUGUACAGGCCUUCCUUCUGAAGAACAUCUUGUUUAACAGAGAGAGUUCUAACUGGAGACGCAUCACAGAGGAGGAGCAGAAAGCGGCCCUAUGUUCUACUCUGGCUGAGAUCCUGGAACAGGCCUGCUCUACUUCCUCCACCACCUCCUACUGCCUGGUGACCUGGGCCAAAGGACAGUGCCCCCACACUACCACUCACACAUCCCUGACAGGGGGUCCGGAGACCAGCCAGACCCAGCAAGACCAGCAACCCACUGCUUUGGCUGCUGAGGAUCUUUGCUUUGAGCGGUUUCACAGCAUCCUCCAGAAGCGUAUUGUGAAGUCAUUAUCAGAGCUUAGAGAGGAGGUGGUGUCUCUCUACGAAUCCUGGAAAGGGCGCUGUGGAGUCCUGCUCUUCCUCUACUCUGUCAUCCUCACCAAGAGGAUAGAGAACAUCAGGAAUGAGAUUGAAGAUACUACAGAGCCUCUCAUAGAUCCAGUCUAUGGCCACGGCAGUCAGAGUCUGGUUAACCUGUUAGUGACGGGCCAUGCUGUCUCUAAUGUGUGGGACGGAGACAGGGAGUGCUCUGGCAUGAAGCUCCAUGGUAUCCACAACCAGGCAUCAGUUGGCUUCCUCACUCUCAUGGAGUCACUACGCUACUGCAAGGUGGGUGCGUUCCUGAAGUCUCCUAAAUUCCCUAUAUGGAUCCUUGGCAGUGAGACUCAUCUCUCAGUGUUCUUCGCCAAGGAGAUGUGUCUGGUGGCUCCUGAGUCUCCGUCUGAACAGGCCAGGAGAGUCUUCCAAACCUUCGACCCAGAAGAUAACGGCUUUAUUCCAGACUGUCUGUUGGAGGAGGUGAUGAAGGCACUAGACCUCGUCUCAGAACCUGAAUACUAUGUGAGUCUGAUGAAGAGUAAGUUGGAUCCAGAGGGCUUGGGGAUCGUGCUGCUGGCUCCGUUCCUCCUGGAGUUCUUCCCUGAUCAGGAUACUGGAAUCCCAGACUCCUUCCCUGUCUACCACUACAAUGGCCUGAAACAGUCCAACCACAAUGAGAGGGUGGAGUAUGUGCAGGGUUCAGCCCUGGUCCUGGGCUUUGAGGACCCCAUGGUGAGGACAGAUGACACUCCAGUGAAGCGCUGCCUCCAGACCAAGUGGCCCUACAUAGAACUGCUGUGGAAUACUGACCGCUCCCCUUCACUUAACUAACUCAAUGCUAGGGUCGUAGAGGACUGACUGAUCUCUAAAGGAAAGAAGGCCACAAAGACUGAGAGACACAGUGCAUGUACACUGCUGCACACACAGGAAUUUGCUCACUGUCCUGGGCAGGAGAAAAACACACACAGAACAUAUACGCCACUACACACACUUGACAUACAGACACACUUGUGUACUGUUAACUCUGUUGUGUUUUACAUGUAAAUGAAGUCACAGGAUGUUUUUGGUUUGUUGUAAAAAGCUGAAUGACUUAUCACUCUAUAGAUGACUCUGUUUUAUACUCUGGGAUAUAUUCACCUAAUAAGAACUACAUAUAAAGGAGAUAGCUGACCUCGUUGGAAUGUAAACCUGUAACUGACUGACUGGAUCUAUGCUUCUGUACCACCCAGCUGUCUGACUGUUAAAGAGAAACAACCAAAGCUUUUUCCAAGACGCGCGUGCACACACACACACACACACACACACUCUCCUAUUCUAACUACAGCUAAUUUAGUUUGACCUCUUAGUACUGAGGCAGGGUAUCCCUGACCCAGAUUAGGUUUACUGCAUUAUCCAUUGAAAUGGUCCAGGAGCAGCCUAAAUCUGGGGCUGGGAAACUAGCCUCAAGGGUUUUCACAGGAGAUUAGAGUAAAAGGGUAACGCACACACAUACACACACCCUGGUGUUUACAGCAUAAAGGGACCAAUCACAGCAGCGAUAUGAGGAAAUUCCUCCUGUUUAGUGGUUUGACCUGGGAGUAGAACCUUUGGCUGGUUUUACACUUCGGGUGACUUCUCUCUUCAUACCAACACAGGAAGUGAUAUGGUAUUCAUGUAUUUAUUGCCCCCCCCCCCCAAACUA